UCGAUUUUCUUGUCAUGAUUUCAUGGUUCCGCUCAGGCAGUGGCGCACUACAGCUCAUCUAGCUGGUCAUGCACGGCGACUAGGAAGACUGGGGAAUAGUAAUACGUUCUCUACCACUCCAUGCGUUCGUUCUUCUGCUGGAAUAUCCGAGGCGGCCGACUAUUGCAAAGAUCUCGUUCGGAAACAUGACUAUGAAGCCUUCUUGACCUCACAGCUGUAUUCACAAGUGUAUCGACCUGGAUACUAUGCACUGAGAGCAUUCUAUAUUGAAUUGGCAACCGUGAAGGAAGCCGUGUCGCAAACGACCCUUGGGCAAGGUCGGUUCGUGUUCUGGAGAAAUGCUGUCAAGGACAUAUUCAAGAACGCGCCUCCCCGGCAUCCUAUUGCCAUUGCCUUGCACCAGGUAACACAAAAUAGUCAUUUGGCUCAGUAUCACUUUCAGAGGAUGAUAUAUGCGAGGGAAGAAGAGCUAUUCUCCCCAACACAUCUGACUGUCGAGUCCAUGACUGCCCACGCGGAGUCGACAUCUUCCACAUUCUUCUACCUUAUCCUGUCGAUGCUCCGCCAGGAAUCGGCGAUAUUUUCUCAUGCUGCUUCACAUUUGGGCAUCGCCCAGUCCUUUGCCACUUUCUUACGUGCCUUCCCUUUUCAUGCGUCGAAAGGAGUGAUGGUCAUACCCGCCGAGAUUACUGCAAAGCACGGUGUCAAACAACAGGAGGUGUUCUCCAAACACGCAACGUCUAAGGAACUGGAGGAUGCCGUCUUCGAGCUUUCCACGAUCGCAAAUGACAACAUGAUGACCGCGCGAGAGAUGUUCAAGGAAACAGGGGGUAAAGUCCCGCAAGCGGUGAUGCCCCUGUUUUCUGCCGCCAUUCCUACGGUGUCCAUACUGACUCGACUGGAGUCUGUCAACUUCGAUGUGUUUCAUCCGUCGUUGCAAGUCCGUGACUGGAAGCUGCCUUGGAGGGUUUAUACGAGUUACUAUAACAGGCAGUUUUAGAAUACGGAUUUUGUAUGCCGGCAUCUGUCAUGGACAACGCCCGUUCUACGAAAAAAUGACGGCUAACUACACCUUGUAUGAGUUGAACAGCAUCUUUAUCGUACUUGCACUGCCCUGCACAGAUAGGAGCUUGAGGG